UCGUGCUCAUCUGAAGUUUGUAGAAACAGCCCAGACACUUAACAGAUCUCAGUUCCUGAUCUUGGCUGCUGAAGUUUGCUUCCUGUGUGUUCGGCUGCCCUGUUUUUGCACAAUCCUGACGAAAGAGGGAGAUCUGUGAAUUAGGAAAAGCUGAAGAACUGCCUGUCGGGACAUCUCCAGUCCUGAGUUGAAACAUGAAGCACGUUCCUUACAGGGUUUGGGGUCACCAGUUUCCACUUGCCCUGGAAGGGUUUUACACACUAAACCCGUAAGCUGUAACCAGUUCUCUGCAGUCCUGUUCUGAGGCUCCUUUACAGCCACGAACCUUUACUGCUUAUUCCUUGCCAAAAGCCCUGGCAAAAUCUCCUGUUGUCUCCUAGAAGCAGCAAGGAAGAUGUCUUCUGAGCUGUCAGCUUCACCUUUUAUAGCCUGUUGGCAACACCAGGAUUUGAGGUUUCCUGAGCACUGUGUAAGCAGUGUUAGGCAGGGAAGGUCAGUGAAAAGGCAGGACUGGGAAGGGGGAGGAAGGACCCAUUGUCAGUACAGAGGCUGCACGGGGUGGGAACAUUGCUCCCACCAGCACCCAUACAGCUUAGGAACCCAGAAAAAUAAAAAAAAAGAAGCUCCAGAUGUUCUCAGGAUGUCCUCCAUGCCACCAUCACAGGAACAAGCCAAAAGUACUGCUGUUGAACGUUGACGCAGCUUGGAACAGGGAGAGGUGUCAGGCAGCAGUAUGGGAUAACUGGCACUGAGCAGUGUUGCUGAGGGAAAGGGCAUAGUGAUGGGCCUUAGGGAUAGAUGGGCCAUUCACAGAGGAUGGUUGAAAAAGUAUAGCCUGGCACUCCCAAGUGGGGCCUGCAGAGCAGAGAAAGGCCUCUUGGAAUAGCCUGGAGCCCCACACAUCCCAGGGAUGUUUAGUCUGCAGCAUGGGGACAGCUAAUCUGGGCCCCAACUGCUUCAAUUUACUGAGCUGCUCCUGUUGCACCUGGGUAGGUGUUGAUGGAGACAUAGUCCAUCACACUGGACAGUAAUUCCUUCACAGGGUUCCUGCCUGGGCUUGGGCAAUGUUAUCUCUGCUUGACCACCCCCAUUUGCCCUUUGGGGGUGCUCCCAGCAGCAGGCAAGGCAGCUCGAGUCAUACAGCUAACCAGAAAGAGAGCUCCUCAAGGUCUGAGAAGGACAGUUGUUUAAUCCUGCUUUCACAGCUCAGCACCUGGGAAUCAUCUGCCUGGAAUGGACUUGUUUCAGUAGCAUUCUUUCAGAGGCACACUGAAUUACUCUGAUAGCUCUUUUGUAAAGAAGUGUAUAAAAAUAGCUGCUGUGAGUGAGGCCAAAGACAAGCGAUCCCCUGACAAUAGGAGCAGGUGACAAUAGCAGAACCUCUGGAAACCAAAAGCUUUUAGUGAUACAGGAGAAAUUUUCUUUCCCAAAAGAAAAGAGCUUGCUGACAUGAUGGGGAAUAAAGUAGAAAUUUUAGCGGCAAUAGCUUUUGGAAGUUAAAAGAAAUCCAUAGGGGUUCUUGGGCACUAGAGUAGCACAAUCAACAGUGCUUCUUCCACCAUGCUUUUCUGCAGGUACUACAUUAACUGAUGUUAAUUAGCAUUGUCCUAACCCUGUGUGAGCAUCCAGGGCCAGCUGGGCUGUCUAAGCAUCAACCUGAGCUGGGGCCCAGCAGCUCUCAUCUCUCUGUGCCAUGAGAUUAGUCCAUUUGAGUACCAUCCUUUUCCAUGUUGUAUCCUGCUGGCAUGUGCUAUCUCCCUGAUAAAAAUGAAAGCAGCCUCUGAAUGGAUUAUUUCUCUUUUAAGCACUUACACAGUUGCAAGGCAGCACAGAGCAGAAGCAGGAGCUAGGGCAUUGUUUUGUGGAGACUGAAACAUCUGCACAGCUGCUUGCAUGUCUGAGGCUCAUUUAAGGGCAGCCCGUGGUGGAGCACCAUUCUCCAAAACUUUUCUACUUCAAGAGCCCAGAGGGCCCAAUCAAGACCGCUUAGGUUUCGGGGCUGGCUGUUGUUUGAUCCACAAGCUGAGUUUUCAACACUGGCUGUAGAGGGAUAUGUUUGGGUGUGGAAACAAAAUAAUCUGAGAUAAAAUAAUAAUUUCCUUUCUUUCAAGACCGGAGUCCCUCACUGCAGGGAGGGUGGCGCAUUUGUCCGUCUUCCUGGGGCAGGGGGAUGCUCAGCAGGGCGCUUGCCCCUACCGUGGGACGCAGGUUGCACGGCCUGCCCAGGCAGUCCGCCAGACCCCUGGUGCCUGUGCCCGCGGGGCCACCCCACGUCUGGGAGCGGGGAGGGUGGAAGAAAGGGGAAGGGCUACAGCCCGGGUGGGCGAGUCGGGCGGGAGGGCUGCGGGGCGGUGCCGCGGCAGCGGGGCGGCCCCACGGGCGGUGCCGCCGCCGGGGCCUUUAAAAGCCGCCGGGGCCGUGCGCUCCGGGCGCUGCCGGCCGGGCCGAGCCGAGCGGAGCCGUGCGAGCCGUCUGGCUGCCGAGCCGCCUCUCCCAUGCGCCUGCCGGGCAUGUCCCAGCCCUUCCUGCUGGCGCCCAUCGCCGAGUGCCCCCCGGGGCCGCCCGGCGCCCAGGUCCGCCUGGCCGUGCUGGGUGCCCGCGGCGUCGGCAAGAGCGCCAUGAUCGUGCGGUUCCUGACCAAGCGCUUCAUCGGUGACUACGAGCCCAACACAGGAAACCUCUACUCCCGGCUGGUCCAUCUCGACGGGGACCACGUUGCCGUAGAGAUCCAAGACACGCCGGGAUGCAUUCAGGUGCAGGAAGACUGCGUGCAGGUGCUGGACUCCCUGUCCCGGUGCGUGAAGUGGGCGGAGGGCUUCCUGCUGGUCUACUCCAUCACCGACUACAGCAGCUACCAGUCAGUCCAGCCUCUCUACCAGCACAUCCGCAAGUUGCACCCCGAUGCCAGGACUCCCAUCAUUAUCGUGGGGAACAAAGCAGACCUCCUCCACGCCAGGCAAGUACAGGCAAAAGAGGGACUACAGCUGGCAGAUGAACUGGGCAGCCUGUUCUUGGAAAUCUCCACCAGUGAGGACUCCCAAGGUGUCUGUGAUGUCUUCCAGUAUCUUUGCAAGGAGGUCAGCAAACUACAGCAUGCCGGUAGCACGGACAGGAGGCGGUCGUCCAUCAUCCCUCGGCCCAAAUCUCCCAACAUGCAAGAUCUAAAGAGACGUUUCAAGCAGGCUUUGUCUUCCAAAGUCAAGUAAACCUCCCAAUGACAUCCUCUGGGACUCAAUAGAAUUUAUUUUUGUAAACUAGUUAAUAAAAAUCUUUAUUUGUGUA